AUGAGGGUCAUCACUCUGUUUGUGUUCCCUUUCGCAGCUGCUCUCGCUAGCGCAGUACCCUUCAAGGGCUGCCAGCACAAGGUGAAAGAGAGCAUCCAUGGUCCGCCCCGUGGAUGGUACAAGCAUGCUCCCGCACCCAAGCACUACAUGCUCGAGCUUAAGAUCGCUCUGCCUCAGCCCAGGUUCCCAGAGCUCGAGCAGCACCUCUGGGAAAUAAGCGACCCGAGCCACCCACGCUAUGGGGCGCAUCUCUCGAAACAGGAGACACAAGCACUCAUGGCUCCCCAUCCCGAGACUCUGGAUGUGGUCAGAGAAUGGCUUGCCUCGCACGGCCUGGUAGAAGAAAAUCUCAUUCGUUCAUCUGCAAACGAUUGGGUCACUAUUCGUGUCCCAGUCGGCCUCGCCGAAGAGAUGCUGGAUACUACAUACCAUGUUUACAAGCACGCUGAGUCCGGAGACAGCACCGUCCGGACCACGAGCUAUAGUCUCCCCGAGAUCUUGCACGACCACGUCGAUCUCAUUCAGCCUACGACCAUGUUCGCUCGUUUCAAGGCGUUCAAGAGCACGCUGCACUGGACUAACCAGGUGCAGCCUGCGGGUUUGAGCCCAUCCGGCGGAACGAUCACAGGGCCAGCAGGCAAUCAGGUUGAUGCAAGUUGCAACAACACGAUCACGGUUUCAUGCUUGAAGCAGUUAUAUAAUGCGGUGGAUUACAACACAUCUGCCACAAACUGCAACAAGCUGGGUCUCACUGGUUAUCUUGAGCAAUAUGCAAAUAACAUGGACCUGCAACAAUUCUACCAGUCCGAAAAUCCGUCUGCUUAUGGCUCAAACUACACCUUUAUUUCCGUUAACGGUGGAAUGAAUAACCAGAGCUAUGUGGUGGCAGGUAUCGAGGCUAAUCUUGACACUCAGUUCGGGUUUGGACUCACCUGGCCUACUCCUGGCACGUUCUACUCGACCAGUGGCAAGCCCCCUUUCGACCCUGAUACCACCACGUCUGCUGAUUCAAACGAGCCUUACUCAUACUGGCUUGAAUAUGUUCUUUCGCACGACACAAUUCCUCAGACGAUCUCUACUAGUUACGGUGACGACGAACAGACCGUCCCGUACACCUACGCGACCCGUGUUUGCGCCGGCAUGGCAGCUCUCGGUGCUCGUGGAGUCUCUCUGAUAUUCUCCUCUGGUGAUGGUGGUGUCGGUGAUGGUGACGGUGACCCUGCGACACAAAUGUGCUACUCCAAUGACGGGCGCAAUGUCACGAAAUUCUUACCCGAUUUCCCCGCUUCUUGCCCACACGUGACUUCUGUUGGUGGUACUAUCAAUAUCCCAGAGACUGCCGUAUCGUUCUCCGGUGGUGGUUUCAGCAACUAUUUUGCUCGUCCUCCGUACCAGGAGGCUGCAGUCUCGGCGUACUUGGCCAUGCUCCCCCCCGGCACCUACGAAGGUCUCUAUAACUCCACUGGACGAGCAUAUCCUGACGUGGCAGCACAAGCGCGGGAUUUCCUUGUCUUUUUUCAAGGCAAGGCGGCCUCAGCGGCUGGUACAUCUUGUUCCGCGCCCACAUUUGCUGCGUUCGUGUCCAUGCUGAACGACGCACGCAUCAAUGCUGGAAAGACUCCUCUUGGCUUUCUGAAUCCAUUAUUAUAUUCCAGUGGCUAUCAAGCAUUAAAUGAUAUUACCAAGGGCAACAACCCGGGGUGUGGAACUCAGGGCUUCAAUGCCACUGUUGGAUGGGAUCCUGUCACUGGAUAUGGCACACCCAACUUCGAGAAGUUGAAGGACUUAGUCUUGGCCAUGCCUUAA